AGCGUGCGCUGUGCAAACCCGAUGCCGAUUGCUCAUUGUCCGCUCGGUUCGUCUAUCCAAGCUUCUUUGUGCACUCCGCGGCCGGCGUGUUUCAUACUUCGAACGACACGCCUUGUUACGGGACCGAGAUUUCUGCACUGUGAGACUACUGUGGUGUGCGAUUCGUGACCGAGAAGCUGCCGCUAUGCGUCCGAGGCGUUGCCUGUUACCUCGGUGGAAGCAAAAAAGGCGGCGAUGAAGGUGGGCGCAGCAUGCCGAACUGCGGCCCCGUUUGUGUGCCUACGGGCUCCUAACGUCCACACCGAAAUCUGUCGGCUGCGAGACGCUGCUUCAAGUUACGACGAUCGUCCAGCCUGAGACCGAGCCGCGCUUGGUUUGUGCUGUCGCCUGCGAUAAGACGCCGCCGCUCCGACCGGCGUCCCACGUAAACAGCGUCGAGUGGAAACAACGGAGAUCCGCCUCUGGACGCGCUCGCAACGCAUCCUCGCUGUGAUUCUUGAGUGUGUAAGUGUCAACGAUCGCCAUGAUGAACUUCAAAAAGUGCAGCGGAGUGCGGUCCACCAUUCUGCAACUGCUGCUUGCGGUGAGCCUCCUGCAGCUCGGUUCCAACCCGGACUCGAACCCUGUCCGCUUGAACCGGCGGUCCGACCUCGUCCGCAGCGUGCGUGUCGGGGUCCAGUCGGCAUUCACGCACGCUCAAAGCCUUACACCACCGCUGUUCGUUCACCCCAAGAGCAUCGAUGCCGUCGAUGCGAACCCCGUGUUCGCCGAGCUGCACGAACUGGGAAUUCCGUCGCUGCUGCGGCGUGUUCGAACGCGGGUGUUCGCCUACCUGGCCGAGGACCCGGGCCCGCCGCCAACGAGGAUUUCGAACGAAGUGGCUGCCGCCGCGUCCGAGGACGAGCAGCGUGCCGAUUCUCCGAGCGAUGCAUCCGGCGCGAGCAGUAACCUGACGCAAGAGGAUAUGGAUCUCAUUGAGAUCCUCUGGAAGCAAGAUGAAGAUCUUGGUGUUUCAAGAGAUGCCUUUGACCACCAUGUGGCUUCUGAAAGCAGCAGCAAGGAAGCUGUGAAGCCGCCACAUUUUGAUAGUACCAAAGUGCCUGAAGAUGAAGAUGAGCCACUUGAAAUGCACGAGGACAGCAAUCCUUGGGAGGGCUUCCAGUACCGCAUAGACUCAGAGACAGGAGAGCAUAUCUUGGGUGUUAGCAGCGAAGGAGAAAGCAAAUCCGAGGAGCCAAGGGAGCGUGUCGACAGUGGAUGCUUCCUCCUCGACGAGGAAGAAGACACAACGCUCGGCAGAAUACCCGACGAAGACCGUGAGGCCCUUUUUGCCGAACUGGACCGUAUUCUCCAGGGGCAGUCUCCCCAGGCAGCAGACCUGUAUCCUGCUGACGACUGUUGGGGAGGCUCCGAGCAGAGAGACCUCGGUGCAGAUAAGGGCCCUGCCUUGGCCACUGGAGGUCCGCCACCUCACAACUACACAGACCCAUUUCCGGGCGUCCUCCUCAACAAUGCCACGCUGGGUCCCCCACCCGUGGACCACAGCAGUGCUUACCUGCAUGGAGCUGGAGCCUUUGGAACGACUGCCUGCACAGGGCUUCCUUGCAACAAUGGGUCGUCGAUGACCGAGGGCCCCACCUAUGGCCAGGAUUUCCCCGACUACCUCUACUCGCCUGGCACUGGCAUGGCAGGCUACGGUGGGAUGGGAAACAUGACUGCUGGUAGUGGCAUGGGCACAAUGCCAGGAAUGGCGAGCAUGGGCAACAUCACCAGCAAUGUGACCAGUUCUGCAUUGGCUUGCACACCCACGGACUACCUUCUCAAUGACUUGCUCGCUGAUGAGGACCUGCACCUGAUGGACAUGGUGGCAUCACCGACAGAAACUUCAGCACCUUACCCUGUCCAGCUGUCCGUGGCAGAAGAUCGCAUGGACAACAGCAGUGACACGGGCGUGUCAUCAAUGGGGUCUGAACGGGUGCCUUCGCUUUCUGAAGACCAUGAAUGGCUGGACUCCUGCUCGGAAUCAUCAUCACAUGCCGAUGCGGAGAGCGAUGCCAAGCGGCUGCUUGAGGUGGCCCAAAAGAAGUACAAACUGUUCGGGCGUCGACCAGGCCUGGGAGACAACGACACGAUGCUGGGUGGCUAUGGGGGCCCCUGCUUGCAGCAGCCCCCGCUGCCAUUUCCAACUCCCUUGGGCCGUCUACCUGGCGGCGCCACAGUGGCCGUGGUUCCACCCAACGCUCCAACGCCCAGCAGCCUGUUUCCUUCUGCACCUGAAGUACCCACAGUUCCGAGGCUGGUGAUCCGUCCCGUCAGCUCUCUUGUUCGCCACAACCAUUCGUACUCUGCGGCUGAAGCAGCUGCCGCAGCAGAAAAUUCCGAAUCAUCGGAGGAGGAUGACGAUGACGAGACUACGUCGGGCAACAUGGGCUUGGCGUACGAGACAGAGGAGCAACGACAUGCGCGAGCAUCGCGGGAUGAGAAGCGGGCGCGAGCGCUCAACCUGCCCCUGUCCAACGCCGAGAUUGUGGACCUGCCAAUUGACGAGUUCAACGAGCGACUCGCCAAAUACGAGCUGACAGAGGCACAACUGGCGCUGAUCAGGGACAUUCGCCGGCGCGGCAAGAACAAGGUGGCAGCGCAGAACUGCCGGAAGCGCAAGCUGGACCAGAUUCUCUCUCUGCAACAGGACGUUGAGACACUGCACCUGGAGCGCCAAGAGCUGGAGCGACGGCACGAGGAGCUGCUCGCGCAACGGCUCUUGGGGCGUGACAAGUACAGCCGCCUCUGUCAGCUGCUGGCUGCCCACACCGCGCGGCCCCUGAGCCCCACUUUGCAGCAGUGCGCCAAUGUUGAAGCAUCGUUUGCCACCUCGCCUACGGACACUGGGGCACGGCUGAAAAAGAAGAUGCACGCCAAGUGGGAGAGUGAUGAGUGAGGCAGGCCCCCUUUUGGUACAGUGGCUAGAAAAGGGCCAGUGGCCUUCGGAAUCGCAUAUCCAUGCUUGGUGGAAGCCAUUGCUUAAUGCCCCAAAGGUUGCGAGUUCUUUGUGCUACAAAAUGAGACCCCCCAAAGUACACCUUAAGGGUGUAAUUUUGCCGUGUAACAGUAAUUGCCAUUAGUCUUUUGUGUUUUCCCUCUGUGUAAAGCUGUACGCCCAGUAGUCUUCUGUUGGGAAUUGCCAUGUGUGCUUCAGCAUUGAGUAGCUUUCCCGACAGGAAAGUAGCGGCUGUGCAGUGGUAAAAAGUGGAAAUGCAGAGAAGAUUGCUGACGGUUAUUGUUUUGUGACAUACUUACACCUGUCUCUGUGUUGCAGUUCAGUAGCAAGUCAGUUCUGAGGACCUCCAAUGAAUGUUCGAGAGUUGCAGCCCAUGCCUUGUCAUGUUACAGUUGCUGCGGUUGCAAAGUUAUGCUGGUGUUCUCAAAUGCCAGGGGGAUAUAUUCAUGCAGCCACUCGGUCAUAGUUACCACCGCAUCCUGUCAAGCGAUCCUCCGGAAGUGUCAAGUGUUCGUGUCUACACUUGCAUUAUGGACGCUUACCUUAGCGCCUAGACAAAUGCUUGUGAUGACCGGUCAGUGCAGCGAUCGUUUGGUUGUAGGUGCAGUUCGUGAAUGUGAGGAAUAGCUGCAACAAUCUUCAUACCCGUUUUGCAAGGUUGGUGCUACGAGUAAUGUGUCGUCGAGUCUUCCUAUGAGAACCCCCUCACAAAGCACAGUUGUGCCUCUGCAGUCACUGCCAUGGCACCCUUUCUAGCCACUGUAUUCCUUUCUCCACGCAUGAAGAAAGCAACACUUGUGAUUUGAUGACGCUCAACGACACACUUCCUUCAAGUGCUGCGGAGGUGUGCUCAGUGGACAAUGGGUGAACUGUGUGCGCCUGUGUGCAUUGAAUGUGCAGAAGAGGACCAAGGGCAGUCACCACGUUUCUGUGUCUUUCUUUCUUUUUCUUUCUUUAAACCUGGCUUUGGUCUCAAGCUACUGCCAACUGUUGUAAAUGUGUUUUUCCUUUCUGGGGUCUCCAUAAAGUGUUAGAGUGAAGGAAAAACCAAACUGUUUGGCUUUGUAGUUUUCCACGGCGCUAGGUUGUUGCAUUGUAAAUAUAAAAGUUUCUUAGCUUUGCUGUGAAAGAAAUGAAUUUGUGCCUUUUUGAGUACAGCAGACCAGCUAAGUCAUGCAAGGAACAAUAGCAUCUUUCCUUUUUUUUUUUUUUAAGUAUCGCAUUAGUAGCUCUCAAGGGAAUGUUGAGUUUACUGGAGAUGUACACUGAAGUGCAAACUUGUGCAAUAAACUACUUGUGCUACGAAAGUCUUGUAAGCUAAAGCCUUACUGGACAUUGCGUGCUGGUGUGGUUUAACAAAGUUUAUAUUUGCACAAGUUGAAUGAAUUAUUUAUUCCGUGUGAUUCACAUUGUGUCCUUUGGUUACUACACUCAUUCUGUGUCAAGAAUGCAGUUUCAUUUCUAAUAAACUUUGUUGAUGAGUA